CCGAAACAUAAGAAAAAUCAAAUAAAAUAGUACGUAUCAGUAGCGAAUUAAGCUAGCUUCUCCCCCGAACAUAAAGCUAUCAAACAUGAAGAAAAUAGUUAUCCAGGUGCACAUGGAAAGUGACAAAUGCAGAAGCAAGGCCCUGAAAAUUGCUGCUGUCUUUCAAGGUGUGCAUUCAGUGUCAUUAGAAGGCGAAAGCAGAGAUCAAGUGGCGGUGACUGGAGAUGGAAUCGAUUCUGUUUGCUUGACUAAUAAGUUGAGAAAGAAGUUCUGCUCUGCUACCCUUUUAAGUGUUGCAGAUGCGAACACUUCUGAUGGAGAUGGAGAUGCCGGAGGUUUAAAGUUCUGCUAUGCUCCUCCACCUUGUCCCUCCUACCCUGUAGUUUAUAAUCAAGACCCCAAUCCUUGCUCCAUCCUCUAAGUUGCUUCUCGUUGGGGAUGGCUUUAACUUUCCAUCAAAGGAUCAAACAAUCCACGAAGAAAAUGCUUUAUGCAUUAGGUAUCAAAGAAUAAAAUUACAUUUGCAUAAAUACUCUCUCUUUUUCU